AUGGGUAAAAGUGCUAGUGAGGCGCUCCAGCGCAUCGAUGCCGGCUGCCUUGCCGACAUCUUCGAAGACAGACCAGGGCGGGUGCAACACCCUGUCGUGCAAUGUGUGCAGAUCAAGCCCAUUGCUGCUCAGCCAGGUGGCCAGGAGCGACACCGAGUCAUCUUCAGUGACACCAAAAACUACAUCCAGACUAUGCUUGCAGUGCAUCAGAACUCUCUAGUUGAUCAAAAGAUACUGCGAAGAGGAGUGCUCGUCCAGUUGGUCGGCUAUUCAGCAAACAGAGUCAAGGGCAAGCGUAUCCUCAUAGUAACAGAUAUCAAAGUUCUCGAAGACUAUGGCGAACAUGACAAAUUGGGUGACCCCAAACCGUUGGAACUCAAGACUGAGGAGGAAGAGAAGCCUGCCCCGAAUACUAUCACCAGCAAUGGCUUUUACGGAAAUAAGCAAGAGCAGCCCAAACAGAACAGAUCGAUGCCUAGUCACACCAAACCCUCGUCCUCUAGCGCUCAUGCAAACAUUUAUCCCAUCGAAGCGAUCUCGCCCUAUUCCAACAAAUGGACAAUCAAAGCGCGUUGUACUAGCAAGUCGGAGAUCAAGACAUGGCACAAUCGAAACGGCGAGGGCAAGUUGUUCAGCGUAAAUCUUCUGGACGAGAGCGGCGAGAUCCGUGCCACGGGAUUCAACGACCAGUGUGAUCAGCUGUAUGAUGUGUUCCAAGAAGGCCAAGUGUACUACAUUUCAAGCCCCUGCCGAGUGACAUUCGCCAAGAAGCAGUUUUCCAAUCUGGCAAAUGAUUACGAACUUCACUUUGAAAGAGACACAGUUGUCGAGAAAGCUGAAGAGCAAGAUGGCGUGCCUCAGGUUCGGUACAACUUCACCAAUAUUGCAGACUUGCAAUCUGUCGAGAAAGACACCACGAUCGACAUCAUUGCCAUCCUCAAGGAUGUCGGGGAAGUCGGCCAAGCCACGUCCAAGACCACCGGCAAGCCGUACGAGAAGCGGGAACUGACCUUGGUCGACAACACUGGAUACUCGGUACGGAUGACCAUUUGGGGAAAGACGGCAGCCUCAUUGGACGUCCAGCCUGGAUCGGUGGUUGUUUUCAAAGGUGUCAAAGUGUCGGAUUUUGGUGGACGGAGUCUGAGUUUACUGAGUUCCGGCUCGAUGACAGCGAACCCUGACAUGCCUGAGGCCCACAAGCUGAAGGGCUGGUGGGAGUCCCACGAUCGCCCAGGCAAUUUUUCUACGCACGAAAAUGUUCAGGGGGCCGUCUCGGGGGUGGGCUCUCGAAGCGAUCCUUUCAAGACGAUUUCUCAAGUCAAGGAGGAGCAGCUUGGCAUGUCCGAAAAGCCAGAUUUUUUCUCCAUCAAGGCCACGGUGCAUUAUAUCAAGCAAGAACCUUUCGCCUACCCUGCGUGCUUGUCCGAGGGUUGCAACCGGAAGGUUGUGGAAAUUGAUCCUGGACAAUGGCGAUGCGAGAAAUGUGACACGACCCAUCCCAAGCCGGAAUAUCGUUAUAUCAUCUCUGCGAACGUCAGUGACCAUACUGGUCAGCUCUGGGUCAACUGUUUCGACGACACAGGAAGACUUCUUUUGGGCAGAACGGCAGACGAACUGAUGGCAAUCAAAGACGAAGAUCAGAAACAAGUGGAAGAGAUCUUCUCGGAAGCCAACUACAAGACCUGGAAUUGGAAAUGCAAGGCGAGGUUGGACAACUUCCAGGAGCAACAACGGGUUCGAUACCAGGUCACCUCCGCUGCGCCACUUGACUUCGUGACGGAGUCCAACAAGUUGAUUACUCUGAUCAAACAAUACAACAUCGACUAG